AUGGGGCUGACCCCACAGGCCCGGGAGAGCCUCUGUCACUCCCCUCUUCCAGGCCGCCUCCCACAAGGCCCGCUCACUAGGAUUGAGCUGGCACUUGAAGAGGCGCCGGAUGUCAUAGGGGGUGACAUCGGCCUCAGAGAGUGUCGCCUGCAACACUCCCUGGAAAUACUCGCUGUCCCGGCCAUAUUCUUUUUGCGCUUUGACCAGCUCUUUUAUUUGCGAAUGAUUGAGGGGGACCCAUUGUCGGCGCACCCCACCAUCCCCCUCAUGGUGGUAAAUGACCGGGGCUGCGGAUGCCAGAAGCUUCUGGAAAAAGAGGCAGGGGUGCUGGAUGACAGGCAGGCGGCCAGGGGAGGGGAACAAGCGAGAUACAUUGAGGUCACAUCAGCCGUGCCUGGAGAGAAUCUGCUCUUUGGAGCCCAAAGGGAACCUCGGAGCCUCCAGUGGCUGUGUGUCUUCCUGAAGAAGAGGCCCAAGGGGAGGAAGAUGCCCAGCAAAGUGUACCUGCUGCCACUGCAGGGCCUGAGCAUGCAGCAUCAGCCCAGAGCAAACAUCAUCAGAGCUGCAGCAGAAGGCUCUGAAGGAGCCUCCAGUCCCCAAGCUGGCAAGUGCAGCGGGAGCAGCUCGUGCAUCUGGAGCACCAGUAGCUCCUCUGGCAGCAGAGAGCAGCUGGGAGAGAGGACAGAGGACAAGUGCCUGGCCAUGCUGAAGAUGCUGGUGAGCGAGGGAGAUCCUGAGGCUGAAUACACAGAGCUGGAAACCAUUGGCAAAGGGGGUUUCGGCACGGUGUGCAUGGCAGUGGAGACUGCCACAGGAGAAGAGGUGGCCAUAAAGAAAAUUAGUCUCCUGCAAGAGAGCGGCAGCGAACUGUGCCUGAAUGAAAUCCAGGUCAUGCGUGGCAAUAAGCACGCCAACCUUGUCAACUAUGUAGACAGCUACCUGCUGGACGAGGAACUCUGGCUCGUGAUGGAAUACAUGGACGGAGGUUCCUUACACGAUGUCAUCAGGGAGACUCGUCUGGCAGAAGGAGAGAUAGCAGCUGUCUCUCGGGAGUGCCUGCAAGGCCUGGAUUUCCUUCACUCCAAGCAAGUGAUCCACCGAGACGUCAAAAGCCACAACAUUCUCCUGGGUCUGGACGGAUCCGUCAAGUUGGCUGAUUUUGGCCUUGCUGCUCAGCUGACCGCUGAGCAGAGCAAACGGAGAUCAGCUGUUGGGACCACUUACUGGAUGGCGCCAGAAAUCUUCACCAGGAAGCUCUAUGGCCCCAAAGUGGACAUCUGGUCCUUUGGCAUUGUGGGGAUCGAGAUGGUGGAAGGGGCGCCUCCUUACCGGAUGAAAACCUCCCGCACGGUUCAAGAGCUGAUCAGCAGCGGGGGCAGGCCAAAGCUGCAGAAGCCCAGGCAGCAGUCGGCGUGGUUGCGAGACUUUCUGCACUGCUGCCUGGAGAGGGACGAGGACAGGCGCUGGUCUGCCCAGGAACUGCUGCAGCAUCCGUUUGUAACAUCAGCCAAGCCGACCUCCGAGCUGACGCCUCUGAUCAUGGCCACGCAGCAGUUUAUGGCCAGCAGGAGAUACUAG